UAGUAGUAUUUUAUAUUUCUGCAGCGUUUGCUUCUUUUUAGUGCAAAAGUCCGCGUGUUAGUGGUUCAAGAUGUGCAGCAGCAUAUGACUGAGCCUAGCUAACUAGGCACACUCCUGGCCGAAUCUCCGAUGAAGUCUACCACCACUUUUGCGGCAGAGAUCCAGCAGGAUCCAGUGGACGCCGCGGACAAGCCUGACGGCGGCGCGCCCCGGCGGUCUCUGGUAUGCCAUCUCGCCAUUCUCGCCGCCACCUUCUCCGCGUUGGUAUUCUACGCGCACUACGCCGUACAGGGAAACAUGGCGUCCGUCAUCGUGUCAUCCCUUCCGUUGCUGUCCAGCAUCACCGUGGACCAAAAUCCCGGGUCGGCCGAGCUGCCGGUGGCGCUGGAUGGGGAGCGCGCACCGCUCACUCCUCGGGCGACGGUGCUCGAGGCCAACCGAAGCACGAUCAGGGCGCCGGCGCCGGCGAACCGUUGCGACGGCCGGUACAUCUACAUGUACGACAUGCCGGCGCGCUUCAACGAGGACCUUGUCCGGGACUGCGGCAAUCUCCACCCGUGGCUGGACAUGUGCCCGUACGUGGCCAACGACGGCAUUGGGAUGCCGCUGGGCGACGAGGGGGGCGUCUUCUCCGGGCGCGGCUGGUACUCCACCGACCAGUUCAUGCUGGACCUCAUCUUGCACAGCCGGAUGAAGCGCUACGAGUGCCUGACGAACGACUCCUCCCUCGCCGCAGCCGUGUUCGUCCCGUUCUACGCCGGCCUUGAAUCCGGGAGGUUCCUCUACAACCACAGCACCUCCGUGCGGGACGCGCUCCAGCUGGACGCGAUCGAUUGGCUGGUGCGUCGCCCCGAGUGGGCCGCCAUGGGAGGCCGCGACCACUUCUUGGUGGCUGGCCGCACCACGUGGGACUUCCGGCGGAAGGCCGACGUCGACGAGCUGUGGGGCACCAAGCUGCUCAGGUACCCGGCCGUGGAGAACAUGACGGUGCUCGUCCUAGAGACGUCCCCGUGGAACCAGACCAACCUGGCCAUACCGUACCCGACGUACUUCCACCCGGAGACCGCCGCCGACGUGUCGGCCUGGCAAGAAAAGGCGCGGAAGACGGAGCGGAGGUGGCUCUUCUCCUUCGCCGGCGCCCCGCGGCCGGGCAGCAACAAAACCGUCCGCGCGGAGAUCAUCCGACAGUGCCGCGCGUCGAGCGGCUGCAAGCUCUUCCACUGCGGCGGUGUCGUGGGCGGCGGUGGCGCGGCCGACUGCAACUCGCCAGCCGGCGUGAUGCGGGUCUUCGAGAGCUCGCAGUUCUGCCUCCAGCCGCGAGGGGACACGGCGACCCGGCGGUCAACGUUCGACGCCAUCGUCGCGGGCUGCAUCCCAGUCUUCUUCCACCCCGGGUCGGCGUACACCCAGUACACGCUGCACUUCCCGAGAGACCACGGCAGGUACUCGGUGCUCAUCCCGCAUGCCGGCCUGACGGCGCGGAACGUGAGCAUAGAGGAGACGCUGAGGAAGAUCUCGCCGGAGGAGGUGAGGAGGAUGCGGGAGGAGGCCAUCGGGCUCAUCCCGAGGGUGGUGUACGCGGACCCCAGAUCGCGGCGGGUGGGCUUCAAGGACGCGUUCGAUGUCGCGGUGGAGGCCGUCAUUGAUCGGGUGGCGAAGCGUCGGCGCGGCGAGGGGGCCGACGUCGUCCGGGACGGGGAGCGGGAGCACUGACACCUGUGCACGCCGGGGCACGGUCCGCACGUUGUUGGGUCGGUCUGAAUCAAGCCAAACAGUCCCAAAAUGUGCGCGUGACGGGGUGACUUCACCUGUUUCGUGGCUUGAAUUCCGGAUCGGGUCGCUACUGGUUAAUUUGCACAUCGGCCGUGUAAACAGGUACGCUUUCUCGCGCAUGCGACAGACGAUAGUGUACAGAUGUGUAUUGUACUGGUGUACUGCACGCCUGGAAAGAUGCAUCUAUUGGGGAUAUAUACCUUUGGAAAAUAAUUUUAAUUUUGGGAAUUGAAAAGGACGACUUGUAUUGUGGGAUAUGAAUCAUCAACUAAAAUUUUU